AUGGCGGCAGUCACAGGAGGGUACGGCACCAGCGCCGACGGAGGCCGAGGUCGAUGUAGUUUCGCCGUCCAGGUACCAGCUCCCUGUCGCCAGCCCUUCCCUCUGGAAAAAGCAUCUUCGCCCCGCCUGACGCCAAUCCUUCUCACCAACCGCUCCGCCCCUUUCCAGGCUGCCGUGCUAAAGAACGAGGACAGAUGGCUCGCGGAGCCGGACGUGCAGACCAUCACCGCGUUGCGGCGCAGCGAGCGCCGGGCCGCGAAGGCCAGGACACACGGCGCGAGCGGCGUUUCCGACAACGACGACGCUUGGGACGACGAUGACGACGAGGAGGACUCCGGCGACCUCCUCGCGUGCUUCGGGGUGUUCGACGGACACAUCACCUCGAACGCAUCGUCGCACGCGAAGAGAACCAUGCUCGGGACGCUCAUCGCGAACGGCGCGGACGCGCCCAGCUCGCCGCUGGAGACGUCGUGCGUCGCCGCUUUCAAGGAGGUGGAGUCGUCGUUCGCGAGAUCGCAAAGAUCCCUCUUCUCCGCGUGCCUCAACCCAAGGCUUUCCAACUCCGCGGGCGGCACCACCGCGUGCGUCGUGCUCCUCCAGCGUCGCAGGGGCGGACGUAUCCCCGGGUACAAGGGCCACCACACCAACGCGGGACCGUCGAAGGUGGCGGACAGGGUCGACGUCGUCGCGGCGAACUGCGGCGACUCGGGCGCGCUGCUCGUGACGCUGCCGCACCGAAGGGGGCACGGCUCAUCCGACGACGUCGGUUCAUCCGCGCGGACGUCCAGCGACUCCCUCCACGCCGCCUACGACGCCAUCAAAUACCUUGAAGACGCGAACGACGCGAACGCCCACGCCCAAUCCGCGAUGACCCGAGCCGUGGUGAGCGGAGAGGCGGCGGCGAUGACGCGAAACCCGAGCGUCGACUCCAAGGACGAGGGUUCGGGGUCGGCGUCGGCACUAGCGCCCGGCGUGCCGCCGCAAGCGACGACGAGUAAGGUUGAGUUCAAGCGCCUGACGAGGGAGCACAACCCCGACGAUCCCCUCGAAGCGAAGCGCAUGCAGGACGCGGGCGCGAGGCUCGGGCGAAUGCGCGACCGCGGGAAGGAGGUUGGGCCGAUGCGGUCGUAUCCCGGCGGCCUCGCCGUGAGCCGCGCGAUCGGAGACCUCGGUUCCCCCGCGGUCAUAUGCGAGCCGGAGUGCUCGCGCGUGAGCUUGCCCAAGGGGGGCGGGAGGCUGAUCAUCGCCAGCGACGGCCUGUGGAACGCGAUGAGCGACUACGAGGCGGCGGAGCUCGCCUUUGACGCGACCGACGCGGAGGAGGCGGCUCGCGAUAUCAUCCUGGCGGCUAUGGGGAAGCGCGGACUGCACGACGACACCACCGUCCUCGUCGUGGACGUGCCCCCGCCGAAGGAGGUGCUAGAAUCUUCCUCGUCGAUGCUCCCGCCGGAGAAGCCCGCGACGCCGUCGCCCACAACGCCGGAGAGGCAACUCUCGCCGCUGCAUCCCCUGAUGAUAAAGCGCAGGCUGAGCACCAUACACUCGGCGGCGCCGUCCCCGACGGGCUCGAGCAGGAGGAUGUCCGGGGUGGUGUUACCCAACGGCGCUCCCCUACAGACGAUAGAGUCCGGGGAGGCGGUGGGAUCAGGGCGCGCUGGCAAACACGCUGGGAGGCACCUACCACCCCCCAUGGAGGUGCCCAGACGACACUACGAGUACGACGUCACCGUGCGCAGAGGCUUAAAAUUUGACUCGACGGCCCAGAUCGACGAGGAAGGAAACGACGCUCCGGACACCUCCAGUGAUGGGAAAAGAAACCGGGGCUUAUUCGCGUGCCUCUGCGGAGGCUCGGACGCAGCCGACGACUUCCCUGAUGAUGAAUUUGCGAACGAUCAUCUCUUGGACGACUACGACGUGGGGAAGCUCCUGGGGCGCGGACAGUUCGGCAGUGUCAGAAUCGCGGUUGCCAAACACGGAGGGGGCGGAAGGCAACCGACGACGGACUCGCGUUCCGAUGAAGAGCCGAAGUUCGCGGUCAAGAGCGUGGCUCACGACGGUUCCAAACGAUCACGGCAGAUGGUGAGAGAUGAGGUUGAGACCAUGAUGGCAGUCAGCGGACGGCACCCGAACCUACCGAUCGUCUUUCGGGUUUACGAGGAAACGGGCGGGCGGGUGACGCACAUCGUCACGGAAGCUUACCUGGGGGGUAAGCUCCUCGACGGGAUUGGACGACGCAAACGAUUCACUGUUGGGGACUGGGAGAGCGUAGCGCUUCAGCUGCUCGGUGCCUGUGCGUUCAUGCACAGCGUGGGGGUUGUGCACAGGGACAUCAAGCCGGACAACGUCAUGCUGAAGCGCUUAUGGCCAGAAGAUGACAAGAGACCUCCAAGCAUAGUGCUCCUUGACUUCGGCGCAGCGACAUUCGCGCGUGGAGGCAAGCGAUUGGAGUUGAGCUCGGCGGGCUUUGAGGGGACUAAAUUCUACGCCGCGCCCGAGGUUUAUAAGUGCCGCUCAUACGGCGCGAAGAGCGACGUGUGGAGCUCGGGGGUACUUCUCAUGGUUCUCCUCACUGGAACACCUCCAAACGACAGGCUAGUCAGGGUUUGGGGGGAUCUGCAGAAGGGGCAGCUCCCGUCCAUGCCGAAAGGGACGCCGGGUCGAUUCAUCAGCUUUCUGAAGAGCCUGUUGACGGUGGACGAGACGCGUCGCAGUUCCGCCGCGGCUUCGCUCGAGGAUCACACCUGGCUCCUCGACGGCGGUCUGCGACGGGCGGAGAGGCUCUCCGGUGGCGGCUCUCCGGAUCACGGCAAGUUCGCGCCUCCCCAUCCGAGGAUCUCGAAGGGAAUUCCGCCCGCGGGUCCACCGCACCGGAGGUUGAGCACCGGAGACGACCAGGAGCUCGAGGGCACCGUCCACCGCGCGGUCUUCGACAGCGUACGCACCGAGUACGAGCGCGCCGCGACGUUCAUCCUAUCCGUGGUCCUCGACCCGAAGCAGACGCGGGCGCUCGUGGAACAGCUCAGGCUCGGCGGCGUCGAGAACUCGGACAGCGUCCCGGCUAGCCUGCUGGAAGCUACGUGCUGGACCAUCGGCGCCAAGGAGGCUGGCAUCCAGCUCGAGCUCCUGCGCGCGCAAUCGUUCGAGUCGGGGUUGCAGCGCGAGGCCGCGGCGGCGGUCGCGGAGAUGAGCGCGCGGCUCGCCUCGCCGUCGGGGUACCAAAGCCCGGGGUACAACCGCUCGCCGAGGGUCAGCUCGACGGGGACGGACGGGGGGGACGAGGACGACGACGCGAAAAUGGGCGCGAAAACAGGGGCCCGUCUCAUAGCCGAGCUUCACAACCUGCCCGAGUCCCCGCAGACGUCGGUUCGAGGGGGCACCGCGGGGUUGGAGGCGGCGGCGGCGGCGGAGGUAUCCCCCGUCGAGGUUCGACUCGACACCGAAUCGGCCGAGGGCACCGCCCCGCCGGCGGGUUUUCACAGCCGCAGCGGGUCGCUCGACACCCCGAGCGGGGGAAUCGCCGGCGCGCGUCCGUCGUCGAGGAGGGCGUCGUACUCGCAGCAGGACUCGAGGCGAACCUCGUUCUCUUUCAGCGCGGGCGACAGCCUCGCGGUGGACAUGUCGCGCCUGCUCACCAUCGCCGACUUGCACGCCCGGCAUCGCAAGGUGUACGAGGCCGUGGCGCUGGCGAGCUCCUCACAGCGCACCGCCCUGCUCACCCCGGCGUUCGGCGACGACCGCGCGAGGCUGAACAACGCGGAGGAGGAGACGCUGCAUCAGGGGAUGCUCGCGAGUUUCCUGACCAAAGCGCACUCGUCGGACGAUGACGUGUCGCGUCUCCUGAGCGAUUCUCGUUCUCGCGGGGCUCCACCCGGCAGACAGUCGAGCCUUAAGAAGGCCGUCGCCGCGGCCAACCGAGCGGGAACCGGUGAGCGGGACGACAAGGAGGCGACGCGGGAAGGCACGGGUGGCACCGGCGCGAGCGACACGCCGUCGCCGUCGCGUUCGCUUCGGCGGGGAAGCGCGUGGAUGACCUCCAACAAAAACGACGACGACGACUCCUUCGGUCACCCCUCGACGCCGAGGCUCACGUUCAAGCCGCGCAUCAGCCAGGGCGAUUCGUCGUCCAAGGCGGUGACGGGCCCGGACGGCGUGACGCGCGUGGGCGGGUUCACCGUGAGCAACGACCCGGGCUUCGUCUCCCCGGCGUCUGACAAGGGUUUAGGUCUGACGGAUGAGAGCGACGGCCGGCGAAACGAGCGCGAGGGUCGGCCGCUGGGUCGCACGGCGUCCUGGUGGAACGAGGAGAUGGAGGGGUCGGUGCACAACAGGCACCUCGCCUUGGACGCGUUGUUCAAGGACGGGUUCGUGGACAGGAGCAGGAGCAGGCUGGCGCUGGACGACGAGGCGUCCAGGAGCGGGCGGCACAGCCGAGCGAGCCGAGCGAGCAGCGUCGAGGGAGAGACGAUAAACGAGUGA